AACGAUCAGAUAUCUAAUCUCAACGUUAAAACGGCGGAGGAUAUAAUUAGUAAACUGUUUGAUAAAACUGACAAAAUUAGUCUCUGCCAAGAAGAAUUAUCUACAGUAGAUUCGUCUUUAAUUAACGGACAAAUUAGUUUUGACGAGAAGAAGGAUGAUACUAUUGAUGAUAGCUUUUAUAAAUUUAAACAAGAAAAUUCGAAAGAUACUAAACUUGUUAAAUGUGUAACACAAAGGAACGAUCAAGUGACCAACUUUGAUACAAAGGAGAUAGAGGAGGCGAUUAAUCGGUUACUUGAUAAGGUAAAUCUAAAGAGCUUUCCUUUUAACAAAGGUCAGUCGAAUAAAAUUUCAUCUACAACAAUAUCACCAUCAAUGAAUAAAUUUGCUAAUUGUGAUAUAAAGAAAACUAAUGAGGUAAUUGGCACUCUUUUUAAUAAUUUCGGUAAAGAAAAUAGAGAGAAUCCUUGCAGAAUGCAACCGUGCACGGCAGUGUCACCACUUUUAUGCUGUGCGCUGCAAAAGAUAAAUGAGAAAAAUUGCACCCCCACGAUCUUGGCUUAUUUAGCCGUAACGGUCCAUACUCUACAUUGUCAAGUCGUGCCGGAUCUGCUGGUUUAUAUGGCAACAGAUUUGAUUAACCUGCCAGUUUAUAAAUACUUGCAAAGUUGGUCAAGUAACAAGCAACCUAUUUCCUUGAAGGAUAAGUUGCCGUCUUUAAGAUUAUUGCAUGAACUGAGUAGUAUACUGUUGGCAGAUUCCAAGAUUCUGUUGGACUUGAUUGAAUUUUCUAAAUUGUUUAACGAUGGUCAUUCGACAUAUUGUUUUAAAUACAGCGGCAAGGAAGUCACUAUUAAGUACUCCUUAUCUUUGUACGAUGUCAAGACGUUGUUGAAAAUGACUGUAUUUUAUUUAGCACAGUUAGCACAGUCUAAAAUCUUACGACAAAACGAAAAUUGCAAACUUAUGCUUGCGUUUUUAUUAAGCAUUCAACAAUCUAUCGGAUUAAAUCAAAAUAACGUAGCAAUACUUGAAGGAAAUGCAAGAUGUAUCUUCACUCAUUUUAUUUUAUUGCAUUAUUUCUCGCCAUUUUGUGAAGAAAUUUCGAAAGAUUCGGUGGAAUAUAUGAUCACUGAAACUAUCCUGAAAGUCUGUGAGUCUGUUUUGAAUUU